AUGGCUACACUGCUAACAAUUCAAAUCCUAUCUGUACUCGCAACUGUGCUCACUAAUCUUAUCGCGAUAUUAACAUUCACAACUGACUAUUGGACAAUUAUUGUUUACGAUCUCGUGAAAUUACAUUCCUAUACGAAAUGGAUGGUUAUGGAAGAGUCGAAUCAUAGUAAUAUCUACAUCAUAAAUAAUACGAAUGAAACGCCAAUUUUACCCAGUAGUAAUUUUCCUUUGUCGAGCAUUGUGUUUGGUUUUGAAGAUAAUUUAGUUUUGUACAAAACACACAAAGGCAUUUUUCGUCAAUGCAAUUAUUUGACUAAUGACAUACGUUCUUAUUUAAAUAUACCGAAAUGUCGAACGUUGAAAGUGGCCCAUAAUCAAUACAGCGAUCGUAUUCAUGGAAUGAUCAAUCCUGGACGAGAAUUUAUGCGCUUACACAACAUUGUUGCUUCAUGUGCGAUUCUGAUCAUUCUUCUCCUUAUCGUUUGUACACUAGUCGGAAUUAUUGUCGGCAUUCUGAAUAGUCAAGUUCUUGCCACGAUGACUGUCGGAAUUAUCUAUCUUGUUUCUACAAUGUUUAGUCUAUUUAUUGUUACGAUUAUGUUAACAAUACUACGCGGUGAACGGAAACAGUCGCAUUGUUUAGCAUUAGAAAUCUUAACCGAUCAAUUGUGUUCAUCUCGUACAAUCAAACUUUCAUAUUCGUUCGUAUUUUCCGUUGACUUCGCUUAUUCUUACUGUGUGAAUGACCUUUCUUUUUUUGCUUUUAUCAACUCGCUGGUUUGUUUCAACAUAUCCUCAAUACACGAUAUGUCAAUUAAAAUGAGUAAUCCUGCACAGUUUGAUAUUGCCACAGCUGCACUUGAACAUCUGGAAUUACUCAAUCGCUCGAAUCAAAACCCUCUGGAAAUCGCAGCACAAUUUCGCACGUUACUUCGUUCGAAGAAACCGCAUUCAUCCAACGCUGAAUAUACUUACACAGAUUAUAUUACCGCAGAUGCAACCAUUCGAAGACAAGGUUGUGCACACAACUUGUCUAAUCAACAUAGAUCGAAAUCCUUAGGUAAAAUUCAAUACAAACUAAACGAAGAUCAAGCUAUAGGCGAAUCCUUGUCUUCCAAAUGUCACAAUAGUACGAAUUCAGUCGAAGAUAUGUGUAUCGACUCAGGUAUUGCAUCGACGACGUCUAGUAAUUAUUCCACUGUUCCGCCGAUAGUCACCGUGAAGAAUAAUUUCAAUCGUCUUCAAUAUCCAACCAUUAAUUGGAGACAAUUACGUGAAAAACAAACGGAACAGCGACUGAAUAGAGUCAAACAAUUCAUUUCUACGAAAUUUCACGUGCCCGGCAUCGAACCAACAAACUUGUCCUUAAGUUCGUUAACCACUGUCACUGAUAAACUCGAUUCGUCUCUCUAUUCCAAUCGAUUUCGAUCGCGAAAAACUCACGAGGACAAUUCCAUCCCACGCAGUCGAUCUGAUUCAUCGUCAAAUUCCAUUCGUACCCCAUCGAUUUCGCCGACGAGUUGUACUCGACCAACGUACACAAUCACGCGUUUAGAUGGUUCAUCGCUCAAUGAUAACAACGAAGAUAUAUUUGUACCUAUUGCUGAUUGUAAUUUAAUUAUUAAACAUCGAGCAAAUGGUCGAAUGAAAAGAUUGUCUCAUUAUGAAACCAAACGUUUUCGUGAUAAUCUUGAAGAGACAAUUUACAUUUAA